AUGGCCAAGGAGCUUGACCUCCCCGUGGACUACCUCCCCCGUCGGGAGCUUACCACCGCCCUGCGGCCAGCGCUGGCCAACUACAUGGAGCGAACGGAGCCGCAGCAGCGAGAAGGCCGUGCGCCUCUCUGGGUGGCACUCGACGAAGUGUGGGAUCCUCAUAACUUCGGGGCGAUCGUGAGGAGCGCCAUGUUCUUCGGCGCGCGAGGUAUCAUCCUAAGCGGCUGGAACAUCGUGGGCACGGCCCUGGAGGCUGAUGCCUGUCCGAGCCACAAGCUGAGUCUGAGCGCUCCCACCAUUCUGGUGCUGGGCAACGAAGGCUACGGGCUGCGGCCGAGCGUGCGUAACGAGUGCACAAUGACCACCAAGAUCGAACACAGCGAGGCCUCGGGCGAAUGCGCCCACGGCUCCUAUAAACUGGACUCACUCAACGUGAGUGUCGCGGCGGGCAUCCUCAUUCACCAGCUCUCGACAUCACUCCAUGGCGUGCCCCAGCCACCAUCGUAG